AUGAUGGGAGGGGUUCUAGGGAAAAGACAGACUUAAAUUUUUACCUUAAGACUUUUUAAUAAAAGUGGGUUAUUAAGAGUUAUGUCAAUUUUAAAGAAUGGAUAAGAAGAAAAUACUCAACAUCUCCAAAUGAAAUAAAGCCAUCAUUCUGUCAUAAAAGUCAAUUCUGUGCUUUCUAGGAUCAAAAUAACAGUGGCCACAGCUACUUCUCAUAGGCAGGCUGUUCAUCUUUUGGUCCCCAAGUUCUUUCUUUACCCUGCAGGCAGCUGGACAGGCCCUCCUGGCCCAAGUUAGACACCUCAAGGGCCAGCAAACACAUGGACAUCCAUAGCAACAUCAGAGCCCAAGCUUGGGGCUCUGGUCUGUUCCUUAACAUCUUUAAGACCAGUUGUCCCUCUGAAUCAAGUGAAAAAGAAGUUUUAAUUAGAGGCCCCUUCAGUCAUCUGAAGAAGUCAAAGAACUAUUGCUCAAAGUUCUGCUCUAUCCCGUGUUGUCUGUAAGAAAUCACCCAGUGAAUAUUUCAUAACAAGGUCUUAGAGCACAGUCUGUGGUUUCAGAGUUAGGAGAACCCUCUUUGCUAAAACUGCUCACAUAAAUCAGAGACCCAAAUCCCCUCUCCAAUCAUUUUAUACUUUAGCUAUCCUCUUAUGCUGAGUGUUUAAGACAAUAGAGGUAGUCAAGAAUGAACUGUUUUGCUACUAAAACCAACAAAAAAAACUAAUAAGAGUUACAUUCAGGGACCUGGAAGCUAUUGCUUCUUUCCUGCAUAUACUGUCUGCUGGAGUGGAUUAGGGUCUUUAUAUGACUUCCUUUGGGAGCAUAGGGAACGUUCUUCUUCCUUGACUUUCCUCUCUGCAGGAUGCACCCUGGUUGGUUGGAGUCUAGUCUUGGGGUUCUUCGUGGCCUCUCUGAUCAAAAGGAUGGCUGAUUUAUGGAUCUUUCAAUAGGAUCCCUUUGGCCCUGAUUUCUAAUUGAUCUUGAAGGGCAAGAACCAACUAUUUAUUGCCUGUCAUUUUAGUCCUUCUGUCUUCCUAGGCCUCCAGACUUUGCUAGCCAAAUACCCAAAAAGGCAGCCUUUUAGUUUUAACUUUUGUGCAACAUUUAAACAAAGCCAGGACAAAAAAAAAAAUUGAUUUCGUUAAGGUUCCGUUUCGUAAGCAGUUAAAAGAUUGUGCAUGAGGGGACCCUAUCUCUUAGUUAGAAGGGAAGGUUGGGGAAAACAUAUUAAUCUCCUAGAGAAGUUGACAGUAGAGGCACCAGAGAGAUGUGUUCCGCAUUGUUCUAUCCAGGGGAAAGUGCCUUCAUAUAGAAUCCCUUCUAGAAUCACUGAAAAAGUCAUUGACCAAUUGAUGGCACCCUGAGGAAACAUCACUGAGCUCCAACUCCAAUGCACCCAUAGGCUCUGUCAUCUGCUCACUGCUGCACAAUAGUGCCCAGGGGAACUACAACACUCAUCUCAAAUGCAUUUCCACAGAAAAUAUCAAACGGUGCCCUGAGCGUCACCAAAUUCAAGUCAGCAAAUUCCACCCAAGUCUAUUAUAAAAAAAAAAAAAAAUCAACCAACACUUUAGAUAUGUGAAAAACUGAAGAAGAGCAACAAAAAAUGUUGUAACCUCUUGGGAGUUUUUAGUUUGCCAGUUCUUGUUAGGGUUCCAGAACAAGUGGGGCAAUCGACAAUUCUGGUCCCUAACAAAGGCAUGUGACAACCAGCAAUCAAGAGGCCCACAUGGCAAAGUCCUUGGUCAGGUGCCAUUUGAAAAACAGGCAGAAGAAAACAAAAUACAGCUCUCUGCCCUGAACACUCAGCAGGUAGUCAGGCCAAGGUUGGUCAGGAUACCUUCUAGUAACACCCUGGUGUCCUUCCUGCUGGAAAACUUCAGUUUCUUCAGAAACUCACCUCGGCCCUUCAUGGUGGACAGCAGAUUUCCAUGAAAGGAAACAAGACCUACAUUCCUCGCAGGGAGAUGGGCGGGCUCACCUCAGCAAGCCUGACCUCUGACCCUGUAGACCAGCAGCUGUGCUAAUCACUCUGAAGUGAUUUAAAGAGUCCGAGUUUUUGCGCUAAAGAACUACAGCGGAGUACAGACGCCCCCAACAGCAGGAGCAUGGCCAAGUCCACCCCUCUUAGCGUCCCCAGAACGUCCUGUUGAUUGCAAUGAUUCCUGUUGACUUUCCACAGGUUCCCCCAUUUAAUGUGUGUCGAAUGCCCGCCUACACCAGUAGAGAUGGCUAAUUCUCCAGCCUCCGACUCUUGACUUGUUUAUCCUCCAAAAUUAAAGCCAAUGGACAGCAAAGGGGAAGCUAGGAAACUUUUUUUUUUUUUUUGCCACGUUGGAACAAUUCAGAGGGAAAUUAAAAACUCAGGUAGAAAAGCAGAUGCUCUGAGCUUCUUGUGGGGCAGCAGGAUUCCAAAAGAGAUUUGAAGUGAGUGCAACAGCUCUAUGCUCUCAAUAAGUUUCAGGUGCCUAGGCCGGAAGUUACAAAUGUUAUAGCCCUGAGCUCUCAGCAGGCUUCAGGGUGACAGCCAAAAGUCUGUUGGCAAGUAUUACAGUUUGAAAGCUCUGGGGGGGGGCCUUUGGGGUGCUAGCCGACAUCCAUCCCUGGCAGAGCAGUUCUGCACAGUGGUUGCUGACGGGGUAACAGGAGAGGCGCUUCUCCUGUCUCUGGCAGGUCUAAAAGGCUGGAGCUGCAGGUUUCCACAGGUCUGGAGCUGUGUAUCAUGGAGGUUGAUAAAUUCCCUUCUGCAGUCAAAAUGUGGAGCCUUGGGGGCCGAGGGAGGAAUGAGUCUCCCAACCUCCAGCUGCAGGUAGAGUCCUAGAAACGGAUCUGAUCAAGUUCCCUGCCUGGGGCAGAAGCCCACAGUCUGGCCAAUUUAUCUCCUCUCCCGCAAUCAUUAGAGGCAGGCUUCUUCUCUGGAGAAUGUCUAGGAGCCAAGUUUCUGGCCAGGUGUGGAGCCAGAUGGGAGCAGGAUUCCAUCUUCAGGUUCCUGCAUAGAGGAGGAGCAUCUGGGGGCCGGGACACAGGUCAGAACCAGGGGAGUUCAGGAAGCCAGAAUCCAGCCUGGCUGAGCACCUGGCUCCAAAGCCUUCCUCCUCUCUCGCCUCCAAGGAACAAUCUGUGAAGGCUGGUUUUCCAGAUUUCUCCUCUAUCACCCUGACCAGGUGCCCCCCAAGUGACCAAAUGUGUGUGCAAGAGAAUUAUAAAACAUAGUAGGGCCAAUUGGGAAAGAGCUGUCAAACCUAAGAGUUUGGAGAAGAACCCUGGGUCCAGCAAAAGUUCCCAAUCAAGUCUCAUGGUCCGUUUCCUGCCAUUGCUCUUCCUGUGAGGGUGUGUACAGUUAGGGCUGAUUGAUUUGCUUAUUUGGUACAUGUGGGGGGAGGGUAAUUUUUUAUAAUUUCCGUAUUUACAUUUUCCCACCCCUCCUCCCUCUCUCUUUCCAACUCUGGCCACAAUUCUUCACAAACUCCCCACCUCCUCUUUUUUUUAAUUAUUGAUACACACCGUGGCAGUUGAAAUGAAAAUGACCCCAUAGGCGGUCAUUUGGGAGGUCUUGUUAGAGUUGGGGUGGCUUUGCUGGAGGAAGUAUGUCACUAGAGAGUGGCUUUGUGGUCUCAGAAGCUAAAGCCUGGCCAGUGCGUAACAGUCUCUUCCUGCUGCCUGCAUAUGCAGAUGUAGACCACUCAGCUACCCCUCCAGCAUCGUCGUAUCUGCCUGCCAUGCUUCCAACGUGAGGAACUGAACUGUAAGAGCCAAUAAAUGUUUUCCUUUACAAGAGAUGCUGUGGUCAUGGUGUCUCUACACAGCAAUAAAGGGCUAACUAAGACAUUCACACACACUAGUUAAAUGAUAGAUAGAUAGAUAGAUAGAUAGAUAGAUAGAUAGAUAGAUAGAUAGAUCACAUAUAUUUAUAAAAAUUCUAAUAAGUCCAUUUAGGGUUGCUUAACUGUUCAUGUUUUUAGGGUUGACUCCUUCUGAUUGGAUAAUAUCAGGGAGCUCAUCCCUGGAGAAAAACCAAUAUCCCUUGUAUCAGAAACCAUUGACUGCCUAUAGGUCUUCAUUUGGGGAGAGUCUUAUGGAAUUUCCCCAUCCAUCACAGCAUGAAUGUCAACCGGUGCUAUUCGUACACAGGUCUUAUUUUGGCAAACAUAUUGUUGAUAUUUCACGGGUGCAGCUUACUUGCCUUGUCUAGAAAACACUAUCUAGCAGCAGGCAUCUUGGUCCUCUGACUCUUACAAUACUUUCUCCUCUUUCACCAUUGCCCCUGAGCUUUAGGUGUAGGGGUUUCAUUGGGCACCGCACACUGGUUUAUUCUUUGCAUUUUGACUAGCUGUGGAUCUCUGUAACAGUCUCCAUGUGCUUCAAAGGGAAGCAUCUUUGAUGAGAGGUGAAAGCUAUACAAUCUGUGGAUAUAAGGGAAAGUAUUUAGAACAUAGCUAGAAGAUACAGCAUUUAGAAAAACAGCAGUAGAAGGUUCUCUUCUGGAUUUGUGACCUCACUAGCCCACUGGUUAGAGACUACAUUUGCAGUACCAGGCAUGAAUUCCCUUCAGUUAAACAGGGUCGAAGUCCAGUAAGACACAUCCAGGAUGUUUUCUUUUUUUCACAUCUUUCCCAGACUGACUGCUGAUAGUGAGCUGUGAAUCUGCAGGCCACCAUAAGGGGCCCCUCGCCCUUGGGGUUCUGGGGCCAUUUCUACCUUCAUCAUAGUUGUGCCUGUUUCCUUAUGAUAAACUCCCAGGAGAGGGGUACCUAGUAAAGAGAGUGUGUGUUUGUCUACUAUAUGGUCUCUAGCACAUAUGGACAGUCCAUUCCUUUUUAACUACACACACACAUAUGUACAAUCAUAAGAUCCUGGCUACAAUACAGCCUCCUGUGAGCUCAGUACAUCAUUACAAAAGAAGUUCAAGUGAGGUCAUUUGGGAAGUGUUGAAAUGGUGGAAAUUCCAUGGCUAUAACAAAAGCAAAAGAGAAGAAAAUAGAGGGAAGGGUUGAGUAUAAAGGCACCCAGCUGGUACAGGCGCACAGCCAGCAGCAGCUCCUCCUGCAGUUCUCUCCUGAGCCAGAGCUCCCCCUCCAGAACGACAUGAUGCUCAAGUCUGUCACAGAGAGCUUAGCCAGCCUGAUUCACGGCUUGAAGGUGGACCACCUGACGGAUGGUGUCAUUCGGAGGAGCAAGAGGAUGAUUCUGGAUUCUCUGGGUGUUGGUUUCCUGGGAACAGGCACAGAAGUGUUCCACAAAGUCACGCAAUAUAGUAAAAUGUACAGUUCCAAUACCUCCAGCACCGUUUGGGGUCGACCAGACUUCAGGCUCCCACCCACAUAUGCUGCUUUUGUGAACGGCGUCGCUGUUCACUCCAUGGAUUUUGAUGACACAUGGCACCCAGCCACCCACCCUUCCGGGGCAGUCCUGCCAGUCCUCACAGCUCUAUCAGAAGCCCUGCCUCAGACUCCAAAAUUUUCUGGCCUUGACCUGCUGCUGGCAUUCAAUGUUGGUGUUGAAGUACAAGGACGAUUAAUGCACUUCUCCAAGGAAGCCAAGGACAUCCCAAAGAGGUUCCAUCCUCCCUCUGUGGUGGGGACUUUGGGAAGUGCCGCUGCCGCAUCCAAAUAUUUAGGACUCAGCUUGACAAAGUGUCGAGAGGCCCUAGCUAUUGCUGUUUCUCAUGCUGGGGCACCCAUAGCAAAUGCUGCCACUCAGACCAAGCCCCUUCACAUCGGUAAUGCAGCCAAGCAUGGGAUGGAAGCCACAUUUCUAGCGAUGCUGGGUCUCCAAGGAAACAAGCGCAUCUUUGACCUGGGGUCAGGGUUUGGGGCCUUCUAUACCAACUACUCCCCCAAAGACCUUCCAAGCCUGGAUUCUCACAUCUGGCUGCUGGAUGAGCAGGACGUGGCCUUCAAGAGCUUCCCAGCACAUUUGGCUACGCACUGGGUGGCAGACGCAGCUGCAGCUGUGAGAAAGCACCUGGUUAUUCCGGAAGGAGUCCUGCUUCCUACUGACCACAUCGAGAGGAUUGUGCUCAGGAUCCCCGAUGUCCAGUAUGUAAACAGGCCCUUCCCAGACUCAGAGCAUGAAGCUCGCCAUUCCUUCCAGUACGUGGCCUGUGCCAUGCUGCUCGAUGGUAGCGUCAUGGUUCCGUCCUUCUGCAGUGAGCAGAUCAACAGGCCACAGGUGAGAGAGUUGCUCCAAAAAGUGGUUUUGGAACACCCUUCUGACAACCUGCCAAGCUUUAACACACUGUACUGUGAGAUAAGCGUCACCCUGAAGGACGGAACCACCUUCACCGAGCGCUCCGAUACCUUCUACGGUCACUGGAGGAAACCACUGAGCCAAGAGGACCUGCAGAAGAAGUUUCGAGACAAUGCCUCCAGGAUGCUGUCCAAGGACACGGUGGAGAGCCUUAUAAAGGUGGUAGAAAGCCUCGAGGACCUGGACGACUGUUCCGUGUUGACCUCGCUUCUCAAAGGACCCUCUGUCCAAGAGGAGGACUCAAAACUAUCCCACAUGUUUUCCUUCCCUCACACAAUGUCUAGGCUUACCAAUGUCUGAACAGCUUUGCACCAGAGGAGAUUCCGUUGUUUGCUCUGCUGCUCCAUCCGCCCAGCAAUGAACAGAGCAGAGUAGAGAUACGAACAGAGAUAUGUGUCUUUGGAAGGAGUCUUGAGAGACCAUUUCCACUACCUUCCAGAUAACAUUCAAGAAACAAACAACACAAGAUCGUAUGUGUAUUCACAAGGGUAAAGUCUGAGUCCCCUGCCAUCUGCUUAUUAUUUCUCCUGAGUAAUUAUCUGUUAACUCUGGGAACUUUCCAGAUGUGGAGGGAAUUGAACUGGCAUGCUGCUGGCUGCAGGUGGAGCAAGCUCUCUGGUCUGGGCCACCGCCUGCCCAGAGGAUAGAUACUGCCAAACCUUUCCUGUGAUGACUGGUUUGAGUGAUCAGCAGGUCUAAUAUUGCCUCUUUUUCUUUCCACGUGCAGUCCUGAGUUUGUAAGCCAAGAAUUCCUCUGCUUCAACCCUCUACUAAAGAGAUAAAGACAGUCUGAUAUGGGGCAGGGAAGUAGUCUGACUUAGGACCCCCAGUUUCACUCUGUUAGCUCCGAACAUUAUUUUGAGAAAAUUUGACAGGAAAAAGUCAGAGAUACAAUAAAAAUGAAAAGGGGAAAGACGUUGAUGUGUGAGUAAUGAAAAUAUUAACUAUACAACAUAGAGAUGCCACAUUAGCAAUCAUGGUGAGUGUGCUCUGAAUUCCAGGUGUUCAAAGAAAGAAUGGGGCUCUUAGCUUCAGAUUUUGACUUGCAAGCAUCUAUGUGGAAAUGUGUUAGGUAGCUGAGAACUUCAGCAGAAUACAUCAUUCCCCAGUUCAUAGGAGGAGAAAAACAUAAUUGGAAAAAAUGAGACUCAUUUCCCUCCUGUUUGCGCUUAUACUUAACAUGGUCUCCUUUCUACCCACUUUUCCACAAAAGCUCAGUUAUCACGGGGAGUGGGCAGUGGGCCAAAUGUUGGCUACAGCCAAUGAGACAAAACUGGCGGAGAAAAAUAAAAGAUGUGGGGGAACUGCAGCAGGUCCACCUUACCCCUCACCUUCAGAAUCCAACGGCCAUGUCACAAUCCAGCCUCCCUAGCUGCAUCAUCAGCACCAUCCUAGCUCCUGGCUCCUCAAUGCCACGCUCGCUUGCAAGCCCCAGAAGCCACUAGGUAGGAGCUGGGCUGCAGCAGAGCAACAUCCCAAUCCACUUCUGACAGCUGCCUCUGCAGCUGUGCCGGGGCUCGCCCCCUCGCAGUGGCUGGGCCUGCAGGGCAGAACCUCUGCCUAGCUACAGACAGCAAAGCUCUCUGAGUUCCCCCUUCUGUUUAAGAAGUGUCAGGUAAGCCCAGCAGAACCUAUAGAGCCUGCCAUUUUCUCUUCUGAUGAUAGAGGGCGCCAGAGAACCAUAAACUAGUUUUCAAUAACGGCAUGGGUUGGGAAGGAUAAUCAUUAAAAGAAACAGCAAAGGAAAUAAAUGGAUUCUCUUCUUUGUAGGACUAGUAGAUGGUAACUUCCACGAAACUUAUUUCCAAAAAGAUGUCAAUAUUGAUAUACGAUAAUUUUCUACAAUAAAAUUUUGAACUGCUCAAGUUCCAAAGCUGUAACUUGAAAUAUUUUUAACAAAGAAUACUGAGUAGGCAGCUCUGUUUCAUCCACACCAGAACAGGAGGGCAAAGAAUGUCUUGGGAUUCUUGUAACCUUCUGUCGUGAUAUAGCCCAGACUGUCACUAAGGGUUGUGAGAAAGUCGUGUUGACCAGGAUAGAAGCUGAGCUCCAUAUCUGUACGCUGUCUCGCAGUGCAGAAAUUCCAGAUUCCUUAUACAUAGCCUCAUUUUCUCAUAUGACGACAGGAAAGAAAUAAUAACAAAUGGAUUUACGUUGCAUUUUGUUUUGCUUGUCUAGAACAAGCUGUGUUUCUUCUAUACACAAGAUAUCUGAAAGAAAUUUGAUCUUUUAUUAUUAAAGAAUAAGAUCUGAAAUCUCCAGGAACACCUGCUUCUAUUACUGGAUCAUUAAAUUAUUAGCCCCGUCUUCCAGUGCAUAUUCGCAGUGAUCUUACGUUUCCAGUGUUUAGUAACACCCUGAAUCUACAUCCAAGCGGACGUCUAACUGAGAGGAAUGCGGUACACCUGGAAGACUACUGCCUCUGGCCUUUGGCCUAGCGGGAUGCUUACAGGGCCGAACACUAUGUCAGAGGUCCAGAUUAGAAAAGAGAUGCCCACGUGACAACCUUAGCAAGCAGAAGGAAGAGCUUGUGUCAAUGAACAUUGUUAGUAAAAGCAGGAUAAAAAUUCUGAGUUAAGGAAAUGCAUCUGGUCAGUUUCUGAGCAUUGGAUGUAAGGUCUGUCUCCAUCUCUGCCGGAUGAUGUCAUACUCAGAAUGUGCUCAUGUCUCCCAGCCAGCGUUCCCUGGGUUGGUCGCAGGGUACGACUGUAUAGUAAAUAUUAUCUCUGUCAAAACCUUGUCACUAACAGACUUCAGUGAAUGGUUUGUGCUCGUCAUUUUCUUUGAUAUGGGUAGUUAAGAUGGGGUGCUGCUUAGUGGUAAAUCUCUUAAGUUCAGGAAAGCUGUGUGGUGGACUUUCAGAACCAGUAUGUGUAUUGAAACCCAAUUUUAA